UGGCCUGGGCGGGGCCCAGGCCUAGGCCUAGGCCUAGAGCUCUGGAGGCUUUGGGCCCAGCCUGGGGACCAUGCAGCGGGAUGUCGGCAGCUUUCCCCUAGCUCCUGGCCUCAGGGCUAAGCUCAUCGGAGCCGGAUUCCAGACGGUCCAGGAGCUGCUGGAGAUCGGGCCCUGCGAGCUCAGCAAAGAAAUUGGAAUCUCUAAAGAGGAGGCACUAGAAACAUUGCAAAUUGUAAGAAGAGAAUGUAACAGUAAUGCAACAAAGACUGCUGGUGAUCCAGAACCUGUUGGGAAAUGCACAGCAUUAGAACUCUUGGCACAAGAACAGGCGCAAGGCUUCAUCAUCACCUUCUGUUCAGCUCUAGAUGAUAUUCUGGGAGGCGGUGUGCAACUGACAAAAAUCACAGAGAUCUGUGGAGCACCAGGUGUUGGGAAAACCCAGUUAUGUAUGCAGCUGGCAGUAGAUGUGCAGAUUCCAGAAUGUUUUGGGGGCCUUGCUGGAGAAGCAGUUUUCAUUGAUACAGAGGGAAGCUUUAUGGUAGACAGAGUGGUAGACAUUGCAACUGCCUGUGUUCAGCACUGCCAGCUUAUUGCUGAAACACAUCAGGAAGAAGACUUUCAAAAAUCCCUGGAGACUUUUUCCUUUGAAAGUAUUCUUUCUCAUAUCUAUUACUUCCGUUGUCAUGACUACACAGAGCUGCUAGCACAGGUAUACCUCCUUCCAGACUUCCUUUCAGAGCAUUCAAAGAUCCGAUUGGUUAUUGUGGAUGGAAUUGCCUUUCCUUUUCGCCAUGACUUUGAGGACCUCUCACUGCGAACACGGCUUCUGAAUGGCUUAGCACAACAGUUGAUCAGCAUAGCAAAUGCUCAUAAAUUAGCUGUAGUUUUGACAAAUCAAAUGACAACAAGGAUUGGACAAAGUCAGUCCAUGUUGGUACCUGCUUUAGGAGAAAGCUGGGGACAUGCUGCUACCAUCCGUUUAAUCUUCCACUGGGACAACAAACAGAGGUUGGCAACAUUGUACAAAUCACCGAGUCAGAAGGAGUCGACCGUAUCUUUCCAUAUUACACCUCAUGGCUUCCGGGAUGUGCAUCCUCCACCUCCAAGUCAGACCCCAGCAGAAGUUGAAAUUAACCCUCGAAAACGGCCACGGAUAGAAGGGGACAAACAACAGUGAUACAAAGGAUGAACUUCAACAAGGGUGUGAGACUCUUGAGUACAUUUCCAUGACCUAGAGAAGAAUUCUAGGUAAGCUUGAAAGUUAGUCUCAUUUACCAACUGAAGCUGGUCCAAUACAAGAUAUUACCUCACCCACCUUGUCUCUCUGAACUCCUAGGUGAGUCAUUUCAUCCCCAUUUUCAGAUGGGAAAGUUGAGAUGUAGAAAGAUUAAAUUGUCUAAGUCACAUAGUUUAACUAGCAUCGCUGGGAACAGAACUCAAGCCUCCUGACAUCCAAUCUGUUUCUCUAAUCAUUAAAUACACUCCCUCUGAUUUUACAAGAAUAUGUAUUUACACUAAUGUGUAUUUUUAUAUUGUUUUGUUGCCUAAAUAUCAAGGGAGACCUGUUUGGUGUAGAAGUGUUCAGAACAUUUAGCUUUAUGCAAGAAAAUAUAGCUUCUGGUGUCAACCAGAUUAAUUUUUUUCAGAAAGUGCAUAUUACAUAAGGAUAGCUUAAAGGAAUACAUUUUUGUUUUUAUAAUUGAUGGAUUUUUGCACUGUUCUAGAAGGUGUCAGAUAUAAUAACUUAGUGGCUAACAAAUCAGAACACCCCCUCAAGGCAAUGUGGUCUUGUGAGUAGCUUCCACUGUUUUGUUUGGGGGUAGGGGGAGAGAGUUUCUGGAGUAAACCACGCUGGUGUAUGACUUACAUUGGGACAGUUACACUGUUGUAGCUACACCAAUGAAAAUGCCUGGUAUAGGCUAGCCCUAGAGAGAAGGAUCUAAUGGCUGAGAUAAAACUAGAUGUAGUGGGCCUGAUUCAAUACUCCUCUGCAUCAGAAACUCUGCUGAAGCCCAUUGAGCUACUCCAGAUAUACACUUGUGUAAGUGAGAAAAAUUUGCCUAUUGUUUCAGCAAUGAACUCUGUUUAUGUUUUUUUGAGUGUGUGGCUGGAAUCCUUUGUUGCACUUUGUAUAUUACUUCAAAGCAGCAAAGUGACGAGAGAAUUUUCUGAUUGCACAAAUUAAGAUACUAACCAGCCAAGUUUGCAGCAUUGAAUAAAACAAAUAGUUUGUUUGGUUUGUUGCCUGAAUGCUAGUCAUCUCUAAAUGCAGGAACUGUAAAGAUAGGGCUGAGCUCACUACCACAUUAAACUUGCCUGUGGUGGGAGGAGCUAUUGUGUUACCACAAUCUCUAUCACAGGGUUUGGCAAUAAGAAAACAUGGUGACUGUGAUGUGCCUCACCUAGCAGCAGAAUGCUGCUUUGAAAUGCUUUAUUCUAGGAAGAGAAAGUUAACAAUUUAUUUCCUCCUGACUCUAAGUGUUCUCUGCUUUGAAAACAGCUUUUUUUCAUUAAGAAUCACUGGGAAACCAGUUAGCUUCCAAGAAGAAUAAACUUAAAAUGCAUAGGUGUGGAAUAGCUUUGACUAGAUGUGGCAUCAGGGUUCAAGUUAUGAGACCAAAGUACCUCCAUUUAAGUCAAUGGCAAAAGUCUUGUCCCUGCUGAGGUCAAAAUUUGGAAUAAAGUGCCAAAGCGUGUGUGUGUGUGGGGGGGAAAUCUAAAAUGUAGAACCAGCUCACUUAUUGUUGAAUUUAAAGUAUUUUUUUUCUUUGGCAGUGAAUACUGGAAGCUGGUUAUGGUUGGAAAGCAUUAUAAAAAGUUUGCAGCAUGCCCUGCAGGUGAUCAGACUCUGGAUGCUCAUUCCUCCCCUGAAUGCUCUUACCCCAAAAUGUCGUUUUGUCUGUCUCUCAUGCUAUAAGAAAGUGUUGAUGAUGCUGGAAAGUGGGUUCUGCUGUGCUGACUCACUGAGUCAAAUAUCUUAUUGCCCAAUACAGCUAUGAGGAAAGUGGGAGUGGUGCUGUAAAAACAGAUGAUCUAGGGUUAGGGCUGACCAGUCAAGACAGAGGAACCCAAUAGGCAGCUAAGCCUGGGGAGAAGGUUUGAGCUGAACUUUCUCUUUUUGGUGAUCUCUUUGUUAAAGUCAUCCUGAGGGAGAGGUUCAAGUUUUUUACUCUAAACAGCAUGUGGACAUUUAGUGAGAGAGGUGCUGGAAAAAAAAAUCAGAUGAGAAGUCAUUUAUAAUAGUGGUUAGUUGACUAGUUAAAUUUUGUCAUUAUCAGCAUUUACAAAAUUAAUGUACUUUUUUAGGACUAGGUUUAGAAUGAGAUUGGAAAACAUUUAACUGAUAGAUUGUCCAUGGCAAAAUCCUUUCCCCUUUCUUCCCAAGCCCAUCUUUUUUUAUUUGGUAUGAAAUGUAUAAACUGGAAUGAGAAAUCACUGAGACCAGGGUUUUAGCAGACUGUUUAUACUUGUUCAGGAUCAUAAUUAGGUAAAAAGACACAUUAAACAGUAUUAUUCUGCCUUAAUUUACAGUGAUUAUAUUUGUAACUUAUUUUAUGAGGUAAUAAGGGUUGGAAUGAUCUGUUUUUCCUAAGGCAGUAGAGCUUGAGUGAAUUUUACUCAUAAAUAUAUUCACUGUUAAGCAUCAAACUACAAACUUUGUCUUCUGCAAGCAAGAAAUGUGUUAACAACAUUUGUGCUACUGUAAUAUUAUAGAAACACUAGUCUACAUAGUCAUGUAGAAAUUAUACAAAUAGUGAUCAGUGCUAAGAGCAAGAGAUGAAAAUUACUGUACAAGGAGUAGAAAUGUAUCAUGCUGGAAAGAUUACUGUGUUUUCGACAGGACAAUAUAUUAUGUCUUACCUUAGGGCAUUGUUUUCCAAGCAAUAUUUUAUAGCUGAUUCUUGCCUGCUGUUCAUUUUAUUAAGGCCCGGUUUCUUAUGUUCAGUGAAGUCAGUGGGAGUUUUGCCAUUGACUUCAAUGAAUAAGUGUCAGAUUACAGAAAUCACAUAUUUUGGUUUCAACCAAUCAGAAAGUAAGUACAAGUUUAAAAAAAAGUUUUAAUAUAGUUCAUAUUAGAAAGAAAGGAAACUAUGCAGAGGUGAUGAAGUGGCUCUUAGUAGGUCUUUGCACUUCCCAUGCAGCUUCUUUGCAGUUAUGUGGGUGAAAUUCUAAUUUAGUAUGGUAUCUAACACUGGUUGAUUUGGGGGUUUAAAAUUAAUCACUGGAGUUACAGCAGCAAAGUACAAAAUACAUUUGAUCAGCAUUUCUCAAAAUAAUUUUUAAAAAAUAAUCUUUCUUGAUAAAACAACAAGUUGGUUUUUUACAUGCAAAUUGUGCCUCGUAUAAAAUAUUGCAUGUGAAUAUAAGAUAAGUUAGUUACACCCUUUUACACCACCACAGGCUUCAUCUUACAUUUGCCUGGUAAAAGAUUUGGAACACAUUACACAGCAGGUUGUAUUAACCUCUCCAACAAUCACUCAUUUUAUACAUUUCUGUAUUUAUAGAUAUGCUGCUAUGUAGAGAGGUACCUGCUGAGAUU